AGCAACAGCAGCAGCCUCCGCCGCCACCAUCUCGCUUGCCCACGGCUGAAUGAUGGGGAAGGGCCAGAUUCUUGGAGGACCCAGCGCCUUUCUCUUCCUGCUGCUCCUUCAGUGGGACAUCUCGGCACCUAGCACAAUGCCUUAUCACUUGGUGCUGGCACCCUUCGUCCUCCAGGCAGAAACCUCCGAGAAGAUCUGUGUCCAUGUGACGCAGCUGAACAAGUCAGUGACGGUGAACAUCACCCUGGAAAAUCUAGCAGAGACUCGCACCAGCCAUGUGGUGUCCAAGACAAUCCAUUCCAGUGCAUCCCAUUCCAG